AUGUCUGCUCCCGGCCCACUCAACAACACACUGCCACCUCACAGAGAACAGGUUCUUUCAAGAUGCUCUGGUAGCCGACAAUUCAUCUACCUUCGGCGCGCAGCCAUCGCGUUCAGCUAUCCUAUCCGUGGUAUCUGGUACUUUUCGCGAAGGAAGGAGUUUUGGCCUCUCUUUCUUGGACGGCUAGUGCCUCUAUCUUUAAUAUCGUUCUUCGUAUACUUCGUACUAUUUUCCUUUGCCUUUCUUCCGCAAUUCUUCUUCCUGGCCAUCUUCCAUGGCUGGGGCGCCUGGUUUAAUGCUGUUGUACUCGUGUUGGGCGAAGGUCUUGUGAUAGUGCAGGGCCUAUUUGAGGGUUUCUUUGUUGAUGAAUGCCGGGUGGAUGUUUUCGACGCAACGCUCAUCGACCUCUCUUUGAAGGACCUAAUAGCCCCUCACCGCAUCCUGUUUGAAGAUGCGCCUAAUUCUGUCAAAAUGCUAGGAAAGCCAACAACUCCAGCAUGCUUCAAUCCUUGGAGUACAAUUCAGAUUGUAGAGCUCGUGUUCUUUCUUCCUCUCAAUCUCAUCCCUUACGUUGGAACUUUUGUAUUUAUUAUCAUCACUGGCACUCGGCUCGGUAAGCUAUCGCAUCAUCGCUGGUUCCAGCUCCGAGGCUUGACAAAGGCAGCGCAAAAGGAUGAGAUCAAGAGACUCGAGUGGGAUUGCGUCUUCUUUGGAACAAUGGCCAUGAUCCUUGAGCUAAUACCGGUGCUGUCUUUCUUCUUUCUGCUGACCACGGCAGCAGGCUCAGCUAUGUGGGCCGCGGACAUGGAGAAGGCAAGGAGAAGAGAAAUAGAGUCCGAUGCUGGUCGAGUAGUAUACCUAUAUAGAGACGAUUUUCCCUAG